AUGGUCGAGCCCCUGCUGCAGGUCCUCGAGGACGACGUCUCUAUGAAAUGCCUCGGCCGCGAGGAGAACUUUCGCAAGUUCGAGCGAUAUUUCCUCAAUCAGAUUUCGCAAAAAGGAUACCACGCCGUGCUCCAAAGCUAUCCAGAUGAUCGGGCCGGAUAUCUGCACGGCCUCAUCCACAUUGGACUGGCGCUGGAGUUCCGGCAACCGCUCUUGCUGGCUGAAGGCCUGGCCCAGGCUGCGGUGCAUCACUAUAUGUACAAGAAAUAUCUGAGUGAGGCCGGGGGCUUGCCUACCAAGAAAGUUGCCUCUUCUCCUAGCCAUAUUGAUCGAUACGGAGCGGACAGGCGCUACGAUCAGUACUUCCUCCAGCCUCGACUUCAAUACCCAGACCCGAAAAUAUUCAAGCCAAUGGGCCAUGGACAACGAAGUGGUGCACGAUGGAAUGCUCCCAUGCAAAGCCUGAGCUGCUGCGUCUGGCAGCCCGGUGGCGAGUCGACCCCAAUGAUCUCGACCGAGCUACAGCAGAGCUCAUCAAUGUGGCUGGAGACAUCCAAGACUAAUUCGCAGAAAGCGCAUCUCCUCGAGUACAGCGGUCGAGUGUUUAUGAUGACCUACGCUGGCAUGGGAUGCCCACCGCUACGACUGGACUACCUGUGCUCCCUCUGA